AUGCACAAUCCUUAAGAUUAAUUAAGAAAAGCUUUGAAACGAUACAACAAUAAUGGCGAUAAGCCUAAUAAUAAUCGUAAUUGUAGAUCUCAAUAACUUUAAAUGCCUUAAGUUCCUAAAGGAAUGUUGAGUAUGAAUAGCGCAUAAAAAUCAGAACGAAAUGCUAAAUUAAGUGAUACAGGUAGAUAACAAAUAUAUUUUAGAUACAACUGAUGUGACUCAUUAUAAUCUUAAUUUCUCAUAACCAAUUCAAUCCUCAUAUUAAGUAGAACAUUUAGAUUUAAGUUUCUUUAAAAUUUAACCUUGUAAAAUUCCGGGUAAUCAUAGUCACAAACAUUGUCCAUUCUUCCAUAAUGCUAAAGAUAGAAAAAGGUAUAAGCAUAAUAAAAAAUUAGAAAUAAUACAUAAUAUUCAGCAGAGUUAUGUGCAUAUGUUGAAAGUAAUUAAUAAUGUCCAUAUGGUGAUAAUUGUAAUAAGGCACACAAUAGAGUAGAAUAACUUUAUAGAGCAGACAAUUACAAAACUAAAUUCUGUUCAUAUUAUCCAAAUAAUAUUUCUUAAUGCGAUUAUGGAAAAUUUUGCUCUUUUGCACAUUCUGAAGCAGAUAUAGUUAUUGAAUUGAUUCAUAAUUUAGAAUAUGAUGAUGAUUUCUUUAUGUUUUAUUAUAAAACUGUAUGGUGUCCUUUUAACCUUACUCAACAUGAUAAAGCUUUAUGUGUUUAUGCUCAUAAUUGGUAAGAUUUUCGAAGAAAACCAUAAAUAUAUUAAUAUCAUCCAAUUCCUUGUCCUAGUUGGAACACUGCAGAAUAUAUUUUAGAAUAUUAUAAUGGAUGUUAGGAAGGAUUUAAUUGUGGGAAAUGUCAUGGUUGGAAGGAACUUGAAUAUCAUCCUAUGUUGUUUAGAACUAAGUAAUGUAUAAAUUAAAAUUGUUCAAAGAUUGAUUGUUCAUUUUAUCAUAAUAAUUAAGAAAAAAGGUAAUAAUAUAAUAUAUUUUAGAUGUAUUGAUUAAUUAUCUUAAUUUAGAGUAUUUAAAAUAGUUCCUAGGAAUAGAAUUGUAUAAAACAUUUUUAAAGUUCGAGAUAAGAGUUUAUUAAAUUCUUAAAGAAAUGUGAGUAAUAAAUCUUAGGAUCUAACAUUAAGUUAUUAGAGACAUUGUAGUACUAGUGAUUAGCAAUGGCUUGGACACAAUUUACAAAAUAGUUUUUAAUAUGAAUAAGAUUCGGAUGAAGGUAAACAAAAUAGUAAAGGAUAACAUUAUCAAACUACUUUAAUUUCUAUUUAAGAAAGAACAGGUAUAUAUAUUUAAUUAGAAUAUUAAGAUUCUGAUGAAUUAAAAGAUUUAAAAGACUUAAUGAGAAAGAAAUCAAAUUCAGUUGUUGAUGAUAAAUAAAAUAAUGAUGAUAAUGAACAUGUUCGUACAGUUUUGAAAAUGAUUGACAUGGACCAGUGA